AUGGAAAAACAACAGACUCGUCGAUGUUCUGUUUCUAGUGUUCAUUCUCAAGGAAAUUUAUCAAUAGCAAGUGCCCAAUGUGCUGAUACACAUACCCAUGCUAUCAUUCAAAAAGAAAAAGAUAAGAAAAUCAUAUUGGUCCCACUGCACAGUUUUAUCAAUUUUGGCAAAGUUGUGAAAGUUCAUGAAACAGCUACCUAUAAAUCAGAUAAAGAUUCUCGAAAAACAGAACGAGGAAAAGUUUUGCUUUUUGGAACAGAAGAAUUGUGUGUUGAUCAGCUUCAAGUUUUGCAAGAAGAUGUUAUUAAUGAAAAUCAACCACCAGAAAAGCAACACGAUUCUAAUCCAAUAGAAACAUCAAAAAAUUAUAAUCGAGUUAAUGCAUUGCCACCAAUGAAUAUUAAUACAGCUAGUACUAUAGCUAUUUUACCAAAACGUAAGGAAAAAUCAGUAUCUGAAGUUCAACGAAAAUUAUUUGGUGAUGAUACGAAUAUGAAUUCAAAACAUUGUUAUUCAUUUGAAGAAGAAGGCAGUGAUGAAAUAGAAGAACAUUUAACAACAGCAACAGCAACAACAACAACAAAAAAAUCAAAAAAGUGUUUAACUGAAGAUUCAUCUUUAAAACAAAUAUCAAAUAUUAAUUAUAAAAGAACAACGUCGAAUAAAAAAUCACCUUCAAUUAUUCCAUCAAGUCCAAUACAAAACCCGGUUGCCGUGAAUCAUGCCGAUAACAAUCAAGAUAAUUCAACUGAACAGAACAAAGAUGAAACUAAUGAUGAUACAAUGGACGAACGAGGUUCGUUCUCAUUCAAAGAAUUUAAGAGAUUGCAAAAAGAAAAUAUUAAUUUACGACAACAAAAAACAUCAUUAGAAAACCAAGUUAAUUUUAUGAAAAAAAAUUACAUUCCUAUGCCCGAUAUUAACAGCCGAUCUUGGAUCGUACGUUUGGCUAAGUUAUUCACGCAACAACUAUCUGCAAAUGAUAUUGCUACACAUGCACGUCAUAUUGGUAUUAGUAAUCCAAAGAAACUUCUGAAUUGUAUUCAAAAUCGUGGAACGCAUACAGCCAGAGAAAUAGUUCGUCUUAUAUGUUCGCAAGAAACACUAUUAACAAAGUCUGGUAAAGAGGGUGUUUCAGAAGAAAAACGACAAGCGAUACGUGAUUUUGUCGAGUUACAACAUGGCCCUAUUCCAGAUCAUCAAUUUAAUGAAGCAAUUGAUGGAGUAUUUCGCCAAGAAAAACUCAAAAUGCGAAAGGCACAAGCACCUGCUGCAAAAGCUAUUCAAAAACCUGUUGAAAAGAAUCAAAAUAGUAAUCGACAACAAUCAAUUGAUGCCUUUUACACGAAGAAAUCAACAUUGAAUAUUCAAGAAAAAGAUAAAGAAGUGGCUGUUGUUACAACAUCAGACUCGGAUGAGCAUUUUUAA